UGCAUAAAUUUAGCGGCUGCAGGGGGAGCGCAGGCGAGCCAAGCAGCAGCUUUGGAUAUCUUCAACGAGCUCAAAGAGCAACUUUCAAGUUGCCCCGAACGCACGCGCACACUUUGUCGCACUGUAUGGGGCGCGGUAUCCUCGUCCCUUAGCACAGCGCUAUCUGGAGCGGCGAGCAUCGAAGCCGGCGACGCGCGGGACGACGGCGGAGGUGGUGGGGGUGGGGCAGGCGCAAACGGCGGCGGUGGCAGAGGCGGCGGCGGCUGGUGCAGCACCACCACAACUGGUAGAACUGAAACCGCAACAACUGGAAGAGCCAGCGGUCGCUUUGCCACCAUAAUGGGCGCCGUCAAAUCUCGACCCAUUAACAAUACGGAUGUGGAGCACGAUGAGCAGCAGCAUCACCAACAUCAUCAGCACUCCAUGCUGCGCAAUGGGAUACACAACACCACAUCCUCGGGCACGCUGCAGAAACAGGAUCUGCGCUAUGACAUCGGUUCCAGUUCCCAGUAUCAUCAUGUGCGCCAGCCGAGCGUGCGCAGCCGAACCCAACAGCCGAUGCCCACCACCGAUGAGCUGGAUCGGCGCUUUGCCAAAGUAUUGGCUUCAAUGGAUCUGCCGCCGGACAAGGCCAAGCUGUUGCGUAACUACGAUGACGAAAAGAAAUGGGAUAUGAUAUGCGAUCAAGAAAUGGUGCAGGCCAAGGAUCCACCCUCACAUUACUUGAGUAAAUUGCGCACAUAUUUGGAUCCAAAGGCGUCGCGUAGUCAUCGGCUUUAUCUCUUGUACUUCUUUUGCCAGAAACGCAAGAUGGUGGGCGAAUCCACAUCCACACAGGUGCUGCGUGAUCUUGAGAUCUCGCUGCGCACCAAUCACAUCGAGUGGGUGAAGGAGUUUCUGGACGAUAGCAACCAGGGCCUGGAUGCGCUCGUUGACUAUCUAAGCUUUCGCCUGCAGAUGAUGCGCCACGAGCAGCGAUUGCAGGGCGCACUCUGCGUCUCCGAGGAGCGCUUGAAUCUCACCAAUGGCGUGGACGCCAACGAGGUGGUGCUCAACAGCAGCUCACUCAGUCCAGUGGGCAAUGUCACCAGCAAUACCAGUCAUCACACCAAUGGCAGCCUGCUGGACAGCUCGCGCACGCCCAGCACAGUGGGCAACGCAGCCCAUGGCAAUCAGCUGCUCUCCUACAGCUUUGUGCGUCCCAGCAUGGCCGAGAUGCUGGACAGUCCCAGUCUGAAGCGUCGCUCGCGUCACAUUGCCAAGCUGAACAUGGGUGCGGCCACCGAUGACAUACACGUCUCCAUCAUGUGCCUGCGCGCCAUCAUGAACAACAAAUAUGGCUUCAAUAUGGUCAUCCAGCAUCGCGAGGCGAUCAACUGCAUUGCGCUGAGUCUGAUACACAAAUCGCUGCGCACCAAGGCGCUGGUGCUGGAGCUGCUGGCGGCCAUUUGCCUGGUCAAGGGCGGGCAUGAGAUCAUCUUGGGCUCCUUUGAUAACUUUAAGGACGUCUGCCAGGAGCAGCGACGCUUCCAAACGCUCAUGGAGUACUUUAUGAACUUUGAGGCAUUCAACAUCGACUUCAUGGUCGCCUGCAUGCAGUUUAUGAACAUAGUGGUGCACUCAGUGGAGGACAUGAACUAUCGCGUGCACUUGCAGUACGAGUUCACAGCUCUGGGCUUGGAUAAAUAUCUGGAGCGCAUACGUCUAACCGAGUCCGAGGAGCUCAAGGUGCAAAUAUCCGCCUACUUGGACAAUGUUUUCGAUGUGGCAGCGCUUAUGGAGGACUCCGAAACGAAAACGUCUGCGCUGGAGCGUGUGCAGGAGCUGGAGGAUCAGCUGGAGCGCGAAAUUGAUCGCAGCUCGGAUCUGUUGUACAAAUUCACUGAGCUGGAAACGGAGAAUCUUACACUCAAGGCGGAACAUGAGCAGCUGGCCAUGCUGCGGCAAGAGCGCGAGGAGCAGCUGAAUACGCUGCAGCGGCGACUGCAGCAGAACGAGCAGGAGCUAAAGAAACGGGACACGCUGCUGCACAACAAGAAUCUGGAGCUGCAGACGCUGACACGCUCGUUGCCACGCUCCGCUUCCAGCGGCGAUGGUUCGCUUGUUAAUGGCGGUGCCUUACUUAUGGGCUGCUCUACUGGUGGCUCAGCUACGCUGCCACCACCUCCGCCACCGCCCAUGCCAGCUACUGCAGCGCCGCCUCCCCCUCCGCCACCUGCGCCGCCUGCUCCGCCACCACCACCUGGUCUAAGUCCACUGGGCAGUCCCAAUGGCAGCAUGACUUCCACAGCGCCUUCGCCACCGCAUGCGCCGCCCAUGCUUAGCUCCUUCCAGCCACCGCCGCCGCCUGUUGCAGGCUUUAUGCCAGCGCCUGACGGCGCCAUGACCAUCAAACGCAAGGUGCCUACCAAAUACAAGCUGCCCACGCUCAACUGGAUAGCGCUCAAGCCCAAUCAGGUGCGUGGUACCAUCUUCAAUGAGCUGGACGAUGAGAAAAUCUUCAAGCAGAUUGACUUUAAUGAGUUUGAGGAGCGCUUCAAGAUUGGCAUUGGCGGCUCGUUGCAUAAUGGCAGCAAUGGCAGCGAAGUCGACGGAUCGCUGCAGUCUUAUCCCAGUAAACGUUUCAAGAAGCCCGAUAAUGUGUCCCUGCUGGAACACACGAGGUUAAGAAACAUAGCAAUCUCUCGUCGUAAGCUGGGCAUGCCCAUUGAUGAAGUCAUUGCCGCCAUACAUAGUUUGGACUUGAAGAAGCUAUCGCUGGAGAAUGUGGAGCUGCUGCAGAAGAUGGUGCCCACAGAUGCAGAGAUCAAGACCUACAAGGAGUACAUAAUAGAGCGCAAGGACCAGCAGCUGCUUACCGAGGAGGAUAAGUUCAUGCUGCAAUUAUCACGCGUCGAGCGCAUCUCCUCCAAGCUGGCCAUUAUGAACUACAUGGGCAACUUUGUAGACAGCGUGCAUCUCAUUAGUCCUCAAGUGCAAUCAAUUGCUGCUGCCUCCAGCUCGUUGAAGCAGUCGCGCAAAUUCAAAGCUGUGCUGGAAAUUGUUUUGGCUUUUGGCAACUAUUUGAACAGCAACAAGCGUGGACCUGCCUAUGGCUUCAAGCUGCAGUCGCUGGACACGCUGAUUGAUACCAAGUCCACGGAUAAGCGUUCCUCGCUCUUGCAUUACAUUGUGGCCACCAUAAGAGCCAAAUUCCCAGAGCUGCUCAACUUUGAGAGCGAGCUCUAUGGCACCGACAAAGCCGCCUCUGUUGCGCUGGAGAAUGUCGUGGCCGAUGUGCAGGAGCUGGACAAGGGCAUGGAGCUGGUGCGCAAGGAGGCAGAGCAGCGUGUCAAGGGCACACAGACGCAUAUACUGCGCGAUUUCCUGAACAACAGCGAGGAUAAGCUCAAGAAGAUCAAAAGUGAUUUGCGCCUGGCGCAGGACGCGUUCAAAGAGUGCGUGGAAUACUUUGGCGACUCGUCACGCAAUGCAGAUGCAGCAGCAUUCUUUGCACUAAUUGUGCGCUUUACGCGCGCCUUUAAGCAACACGAUCAGGAGAACGAGCAGCGUCGUCGUCUGGAGCAGGCGGCUGCUUUGGCUGCAUCGAAAAAGGAAAGCGAUCAGGUGCUGAUGCGCAACAAGGUCAACCAGAAGAAGCAACAGUUGCCUACAACUUGCGCACUCUCCUUACAGGAAGCGGUCAUCAAUGAGCUAAAGACCAAGACGCAUUCGGUGCGUGAGAAGAAGCUGCUGCAGCAGGAUGAAGUUUACAAUGGUGCGUUGGAGGAUAUACUGCUGGGGCUGAAGAGCGAACCCUAUCGCAGGGCAGAUGCUGUUAGGCGCUCCCAGCGACGUCGCAUAGACAAUAAUCGCUUAUCACGCACUCUGGAGGAAAUGGACUGCUAGACACUCCAGGUGCAAACUUAUGCAAAACGAAACGAAGUAAAUAGAAAAAAAAGCGACAAGUCGAAACGAAAACUGCAAUAUGUGAUUGGGCGAUUCAAUUGUUUGGAUACACACACACACACACACAUACUUAUUUAGACUCACAUUCCCCAUUUCAUACCAACCCCAUCUCAACCUACCUUAUUCUUUUAUUCGAAUAUAUUUUUAAAACUUAAUUUUUUUCAUGCUGCUCAAAUAUCAAAAUUCUUGGUACUACUCUAAAGCAGUAUGCCCACCCACUCUCUGUGAAUCUCAAUUUAUUUUGAGAUACUUAUUUCGAUCGCCAAAAUGUGCGUUACACAUAUUUGAUUUGCUUUACCGCUUAAGUUAUAAAUUUUUAUAGUGUAUUUAUCAU